CACCAGUUCCCUUACACCCCCACUGUCGACUCCUUCUCCUUCUACAUCGUCUACAUGUCUUAUCACAUCGAACCCCGCUCUAUCACCUCGUAUCUAUCCGGCAUCUGCAGCCAACUUGAAACCUACUUCCCGAACGUUCGGCAGAUACGACGCGAACCGCUCGUCACGCGCACGCUCCAUGGCUGCAUGCGUAUGCGAAGCAAACCCAUCCACCGCAAACCAGCCCUCGAGUGGACAGACCUGCAGCAAGCAAUAACAAUGCACCCCCCCAGCUCGUACGACGACCGCCUCUUUAUGGCGCUCUUAUUCACAGGGUUUCACUGCCUCCUGCGUCUCGGAGACAUGGUCGCCCCGGACAAGCUAGAGCUACGUAGCCUGCGCAAGAUCACACGUCGUAACUCCCUCUCCAUGAGUGACGGGCCUAGCACCAUCUCUUUUACCCUACCCACACACAAAUCCGACCGCGCUUUUGAGGGCGAUCACAUCGUCCUCCGCAAUCUCAUCGCUCGCGGCCCUGACCCCGUGGCUAUCGUCCUGACCUACCUCCAAGCCCGCGACAUCCUCUUCCCGUUCCAAAUCGAGCUCUGGCUUCGCGCGAACGGCUCUGUACCAACCCGAAGUUGGUUUUGUCACCGCUUACACUCGAUCUUCCCCCGCGAUGGCGUCUCUGGCCACUCUAUGCGCGCCGGCGGAGCCACGGCCCUCGCGAUCGCUGGUGUUCCCGGACCCAUCAUUCAG